AUGGGGCCACGGUGGUUUCUGCAAUCGGCCACUGCUGCUGCUACGGUCGAUAAGCGUCAUCGACGCACCAUCACAUCAUCAUCCGGUGGCUGUGACGUGUCCGUCGUGUCGAGUGAACCCAAAAUGUCGCCAUCUGCCAGUGCCGCAUCUGCCGGCAAGCCCGAAUUCCAGCGGCUACCGACGAACGUGCUUCCGGAGCACUAUGAGCUGACGUUGAAACCGAAUCUGACCGCGCUCACGUUCGAGGGCAACACCACCGUCCAGCUGAAAAUCAACUCGGCAACGGAUCGCAUUACCCUGAACGCUCUAGACCUGAAGAUCGGCAAAGCGACGGUAUCGUUCAGCGAUCGAACGCUCACCUCCAAGGACAUACAGUUCGAUGCGGGCCAGGAGACGGCAUGUUUCGUGUUCGAAACGGAGAUCCCACCCGGGAAAGCGUCCCUAGCGGUGGAGUUCACCGGCGAACUGAACGACAAGAUGAAGGGUUUCUACCGCAGCAAGUACUUCUCGGCGAGCGGUGAAGAACGAUACGCGGGUGUGACGCAGUUCGAAGCGACGGACGCUCGCCGAUGCUUCCCGUGUUGGGACGAACCGGCCAUAAAGGCCACCUUCGAUAUCACGCUGGUCGUACCGAAGGACCGUGUGGCACUUUCGAACAUGCCGGUGCGUGAGGAAAAACCCGCCGAAGCGGACGAAACGCUGCGUGUGUUGCACUUUGACCGAACACCCGUCAUGUCGACGUACCUGGUCGCGGUGGUGGUCGGUGAGUACGACUACGUGGAGGAUAAGUCCACCGAUGGGGUGCUGGUGAGGGUGUACACACCGGUUGGGAAGCGCGAGCAGGGUCGAUUUGCGCUGGAUGUCGCGACGAAGGUGCUGCCGUAUUACAAGGAUUACUUCAACAUCGCUUACCCGCUGCCGAAGAUGGAUCUGAUCGCCAUUUCGGACUUCUCGGCUGGUGCCAUGGAGAACUGGGGACUGAUCACGUACCGCGAGACGUUCGUGCUGGUUGAUCCGGAGAAUACUUCCCUCAUCCGAAAGCAAUCGAUCGCGUUGACGGUGGGACACGAGAUCGCCCAUCAGUGGUUCGGGAAUCUCGUCACGAUGGAGUGGUGGACGCAUCUGUGGCUGAACGAGGGUUACGCGUCGUUUGUGGAGUUCCUGUGCGUUGAUCACCUGUUCCCGGACUACGACAUCUGGACGCAGUUCGUGACGGAUAUGUACACGCGUGCGCUUGAGCUCGAUUGCUUGCGGAAUUCGCAUCCGAUCGAGGUGCCAGUUGGUCACCCGUCCGAGAUCGAUGAGAUCUUUGACGAGAUCAGCUACAACAAGGGUGCGAGUGUGAUCCGGAUGCUGCACCAUUACAUCGGGGACGAGGACUUCAAGAAGGGCAUGCACGUGUACCUGACGCGACAUCAGUACCGCAACACGAGCACGGAGGAUCUGUGGCAUGCGCUGCAGGAAGCGAGCAGUAAGCCGGUUGGGGCGGUGAUGUCGACCUGGAUCAAGCAGAUGGGUUUCCCGGUGGUGCGUGUGUUGUCCUCGAAACCGCUCGAAGGCAACCGGCGGUUGUUGCGGAUCGCACAGGAGAAGUUCUGUGCCGAUGGGUGUCAACCGGCUAAACCGUUCCGGUGGCUUAUCCCGAUCAACGUGUCAACGCCGGGUGCGGCUUAUGCUGUCUCCACUGUGUUGGAAGCGGAUUCGGCCGAAAUAACGGUGGAAGGUGUUGGAGAGAAGGACUGGGUUAAGAUCAACCCCGGUACAAUCGGGUAUUAUCGCACGCAAUACCCGGCUGAGAUGCUGGAGCAGUUCCUGCCAGCGAUCAAGGACAUGACGUUGCCACCGCUCGAUCGGCUUGGGCUGAUCGACGAUCUGUUCGCGUUGGUGCAAGCAGGCAAAAGUGCCACCGUAGAUGCCCUGAAAGUGAUCGAUGCUUACCGGAACGAGAGCAACUACACCGUUUGGUCUUCGAUCACAAAUUGCCUGGCGAAAUUGCAGCUUCUGCUUGCUCACACGCCCGUCGAGGCUCAAUUCGCGGCGUACGGCGUGCGAUUGUACCAACCGGUCGCGGAAAAACUCGGAUGGGAUGUGAAACCUGGCGAGAGCCAUCUGGACACGCUGCUGCGCUCGCUCGUCCUCGGUCGGUUGGUGUCUUUCGGUUGUCCAAAAACGGUAGCGGAAGGCAAACGAAGGUUCGAGGAACACGCGCAAAACAAACGUGUCCUGCCGGCUGAUCUCCGUAGCACCUGCUACCGAGCCGUACUGCAAAACGGCGAUCUCGCGACAUACAACGAGAUGCUACGGCUGUACCGAGCGACCGACCUACACGAGGAAAAGGAUCGUAUCUCGCGCGCCCUCGGCUCGAUCGGUAACGUUGACAUCCUACGCAAGGUGAUCGACUUCGCGAUGUCGGAAGAAGUCCGCGCCCAGGACGCAGUGUUCGUGAUCGUAUCGGUCGCGCUCAAUCCGAAAGGCCGCGAUAUGGCGUGGGAGUACUUCUGCGGGCGAUGGGAGGUGUUGCUGCACCAGUACGAGGGUGGUUUUCUGCUCGCUCGCCUAAUCAAGUACCUGACGGAGAACUUCUCGACGGAGGAGCGAGCGCUCGAGGUGGAGCGGUUCUUCCGCGAGCACGAGUUCCCUGGUACCGAGCGAACCGUAUCGCAGUCGAUCGAAACGAUCCGGCUGAAUGCUGACUGGAUGCGGCGUGAUCUCGAUGCCAUUGCCGCGUACUUGAAGCAACAGGAGCAGCAGUAAACUGUUCCGGCGCGUUCAAAACCUUCCGGUUCGUGCCAUCGUGCCACGAGUGAGGAUCGCGGCGGUGCCCACUUCCCGUUCAAAGCGAGCUUCUAAAGGAUGAUCAAAUACACAGCGGGGAGACAUUUUCAGAAGUUCCCCUAGUGAGUGCGUAACCGACAGGGAACACAGAAAAAAAGGGAUGUAAUCAAACGUAUAGGGCAUCUCCACUUGCAGAAUACGCUGCUUAACAGGGAAAAUGGAGGGAAAACAGCCUUACGAACCGAGUGUUCAGAUUUUUGUUACGUUGUUUUUUUUGUUUCAUUGUUUUUUCUUCUUCUUUUUGUUCUUGUUACGCUCCAAGAGAUCGAUUGCAUGCGGAUCAAUGCAAAAUUUGUACAACGUGCGUGCGUAGCUACUUUGGCUACUAGUGGCUAAAGACACACGCGGCAUCUUCUGGAACCGUCGUCAGUUUUGCAUUUAGGCGAAAGUUAGUGAGUGCGUUCGUUUCGAUGCUCCAUGCGAGGAUAUUUAAAAGUCAAGAGCAAAUUUGCAGUGCAAAUAGGAAGCAGCAUUUAAUGGAAAACUAGCAGGGGCAAGGCAAAACUUGGCGGUUCCCUUACAAAAGCUAGGAACACGUUCAAAAGAGCGUUCAUUAUCUUUAGAGGCAUGUCGACAGGAAGCGAAUAUUCUUCCGUCAGGCCCGCCUCUAACCCCGCU